AUGGGAGAUCCAUUACCAUUAAGACUAGCACUGCCUGAGCUGAGAUAUCCGAUUGGAUCAGAGCCAGAGAAGACGAUAUCGAUAAACCAACACUCGAUAGUUGCUUAUAUCACAACUGUUAAGGAGAUUCUAGGAAAUGAUGAGUUCAACAGAAUAAGAGGGACGUUUUUGGGACCGGUGAUCAAGCUUGGAGAGAGGUCUUUGAAAUUAUCAGCAAAGAUAGUGCACGCAGUUCUCACCAAAAGCAUCAAGACAGUGAAGAGACACGAAUCCUGGUUCCAUUUUGGUGCUCAGCCAGUGAGGUUCUCUAUAAGAGAAUUCCACAUGGUGACUGGUUUGAAAUGUAGUGGUGAAGCAAGAGAACCACGAGAGGAAACCGAGAGAUUUAAGUGGGACUUCCUAAAAGGGCGUACUCAUACAGUAAAGGACGUGGAGAAGCAGCUCAGAAACACAAGAGAAGAUGCUUCUGAUGAGAGAUUCUGCCUUGCAAUGCUCCUCCUGAGAGCAUACUACUACAGAAUAGCCUUCUCGACGAGAGCUGUCGACAAAAGCCUCGACAAAAACAAUUAUGAUUUGCAAGGAUUCCCUAUGGCAUUUCUUAUAUGGAUACUUGAGUCAGUACCUUUGCUACAGUAUGCAUUCAGUCAAGUGGUUCCUAUUCUGAGCGUUCAACCGUCUACCCCAAUAUUUUUGUGUGAGAAGUACCUUCAAAUAGCUUCUCCACAGCUGAUAGAUGUUCUCCUAAUUGAAAUCAAAGAUCAUCUUAAGGUCAUAUGCAUCCUACCUCCUAUUCCUAAUGAUCCAGAAGCUGAUGUUUGCAUGGAAGACGAAGCUAAUAAAGAUCUGGAUGACAUGGCCGAUUUAUCCAAGAGAGGUUAUAAGUUUAAAAUUAGAGAUUGGCGAAACAUGCCAGUAGACCUAUACGGUGCUAAUGAACAAAUAAGAAGAGCAUCUUUACUGUUUGGGAAUGGAGGGAUGAGUCAAGCUUCUUCUUCGUAUCAGGAGGAGUCUUUGGAAUCAAAGAUCAACAGAAUCAGUGAGAUGGUGGGAGAUAAUUUAAGGAUCAUGAACGGUCCUUUGUGUUUGAUUGAAAAAGACAGGAAACAGAUUAAAGAACGUGUGACAAAACUAGAGAAACUACAAAGAGUUACUUCAUAUGAAACUCCAAACAAUGAGACUGACACAACUCCAUUUCAUGAGACGGCUUCCAGACAAGGUGAAGCCAAUACAGAUCAAGCAUAUGAACAACUUAACAAUGAGGCAACUUAA